AGUCUACCUCAGCAUUAUUCCCUCCCUCUCUCUCUCUACAAAAAUGAAAAACCCCCGACUUGCCUCCAAAAGCCUCAGUCCCAGACGGUGAACUCACUCUCAACCUCACUACUUCCUCUCCACUAUUCGGCUCUCUGGUUUCCCGCCAAUUCUCUCCGUGAAGUAGCUGUACGGGUACUCCGAACUUGGAUACUGAUUCGGACGGAGUAAAAAGCAUACUCGAAUCAUCUGCCGCGCUGAAAAGAGGACGGAAGAGGAUACAUGUGAAAUUUUCGAAAUGAGCACGAGAGUCACUUCCAGAGACAUACAGGAGAUCGUCUCCAAGCUCUCUUCUGAUAAGGCGAAAUCUCGAGAUGAAGGGAUCAAAUUGUUGAACACAUGGCUUGAAGGAGAGAGGUCUGUUGGAUUUUGUAGAUAUUUGUCCGAGAAAUCUUCUAUGAUUAAACCUAAUGAAAUUCCACACUCUGAGACCUGGCCGUUUCUUGUCAAAAUUUUAAUACAAUGUUUGUCACUGGAGAUCUCCUCGAGCAAGAAGCGAUCACCAAAGUUGAAUUUUGCAAAGACUCUUCGGAUUGUCGUGCAACGAGCUGAGGAUGGCAGAUCUUCUGGGAAAAAUUUGCCUCUCUUACCUGUGGCUAGACUACUCUUCAGUCAUGUUUGGGAUGUUCUCAAAGAUGUGCCAAUCUUUCAAUCUGAGUAUGGUGUCAUCCUCCGACAUCUUUUGUCGGUCAAAGAUUACAGAUUUCACAUGCGGAGACGAGUUUAUUGUAAUCUCGUACUUCUAUAUAUGGAAAAGGUGGAAACGAGUUUGACUGUAGACAACAUUGGCCAAUUAAACCCCAAAGAGGAGGUCUUCCGCUUUACCCUGACACUCCAGUCACUUCUUGAAAACCCUCCUGGAGAUAUUCCUGAUGAGCUUCGAGAAGACAUGAUUAAGGGUUUUGUUGGUAUUUUUUCUCAUGUAAGGGAUGAGGGCAAAAUUGCCCGGAAGCUGGUUGAGUGCAUUAAUGUCUAUUUGUCCAAGGAUGGACCAAACUUGGGUUGCAAAUCUCUGGAAAUUCAUGAAGCAGUGCAGCAAUUUGUGUUUCGCUGCUGGUUUGCAACCCAUGAUCGAACUCUAAAGGAUGCACUUGUUUGCUAUUCGAAGUUGCAACUAAGUCUAACUAGGGGUGUGGUUGAUGGGACUGCUUUACUUGAACAACUUCUCGAUGUAGUCAGCAAGGAGCUCGAUCAAAUGAGUACUUACAGCCCCAGUAUACCAAGAUCUGAUUCAACCAGGGAUGUGAAAUGUGGGCUCCUAACAAGCUCGCAGCUAAGCAUUGUGGAGCUUGCGGCCCUUGUCUUUUGCCGGGCAUGCACUAAUACACCAAAAACACCAACUGAAAAACGAGCCAGGCGGGAGGAUGUUGUGGUCCUUAUAAAAGAGAGGCUCAUGGAGGGGAAAUGGUCGUGGCAUUCUGCAUUAUGCUGUCUCAUCCGCUAUUAUUCAACUCGUGUGAAGAAAGAUCUAUUUAUAAGUUGGUUCCUGAGCAUAUCAACAAACUUUGAAAGAAUAAUUAACAACGUUAAUUUGGAGCACUCUUAUGAUGGUCUUUUCUGGACUUUGCGGAGCCUGCUUAGACUUUAUUCCUUGCUGCUUUUUGCUGCUCCAAGUGCGGAAUCCUCACUCCUCAAGAAUGAGGUUGAUAGAGGUUGGCAUGUAAUAUGGAUCUGUCUCAUGCGUAGUUUGCCAACAUUUGUUAAUGUCACCUCAAUUGUGGAUGCUGCUUUGACUCUCCUUUGCACCAUGAUCUUGAGUGAUACAAAAGAUUUGUAUUUCGUUGCUCUUGAGAUAUGGGAUCUUCGGGUAUUUAAACUUUUGCCUUCAACAUCUGUUUUAUGCUUCAUUUCAUGCUACUUCUCCAGGAGAGCUUCACAAGGCGACUCUCAAGAUGCUUUAUAUCUCAGACAGAAUAUGUUACGAGCAGUUUUGGCUUUACUCAAUUUGGAGGGAUGCUCAUCCUUGAAUGAGCGCUUGGUUGUUCUGCUGCCAGCAGCUGCAUAUGCCCUUUGUGUUGGUUCUGCAACUCUGAUAAAUGAAACUCUAGGACUUUCACGAUUACUCCAUGUUUCCGAAGCCAUAGAAGAAGGGACAUUGGAAGAGGAACAAUCACCUGAAAAUCUGCAUGAACUCUUUGAAUGCUCAGUGGAAGUUCUUGCAAGGAUUGAUAAUAGUGCUGCUCCAAAGGUGAACCUUUCAGAGUGCCAACAACAUAUACGUCUCCCUCGGCCUCUAAGAGAUCAGCUGCUUCAUGAGAUGGAAAAUUAUGUUCUUCAGUGCAUAAGCGAUAAAGAAAUUGAAAAGUUGCUCCUCUCAGAACUCAUCAACAUAUGUGCCCUCUUGUCUAAUUUCAUGUAUUGCUCAUACUCAACGAGGAUCAGAGAGGAGAUCUCCCCGUUCUUUUUCAAAUUGGGGGAAUCCAUGUUAGAAUUGCUGGGUCAUGCCAUUUCAGUUAUUGAUAAAACUUACAAUGAUAUCAUCUCCGGUUGUUUGGGCUUGAACUCUAUUUUCAGCAACAUGGAAUUGACAGUGACGUCUUUCAAAAGCUUUAUUCGGUCACCUCUCCUUAGCAAAUUGCAAAACAAAACUGAUGCUAGUGCUGGAAUAUAUCCUAGAAUUGUUCAGUCUGCUGAGAGACUUCUGAAAAGCCUGGUGAAACUGUAUGAGGGAUGUUCAGGGUGCAGAAAGAAUUUUCAUGCAAAAAUAACCUCUCAAGAGUUAUCAGAGACCCAUUCUGCUCAUGAUCCUGUUCCAUCAAAUAGCAGCAAAAGCUUGAUUUUGGACAUGGAGUUGGAUAUGAAUAGUGGAUCUAGUGAUGUAGAUAGUUUAACUAUUGAUGGUGAUCAGGCUUCUGGAGUUUCCAUUUCUUUAUUAAAUCAAAAACUGGAUAUCCUCUUAAUCAUGUCAAGUUUUUUCUCAGUUUUACCCUCAGUUACCUGGGAAGUCUUGUUUAACCUUAUGGAGAAAGAGAGCGACCCAAAGGUUUCUGAAAAGCUCCUAUUGAUUCUCUGUGAGCAUCCUCACUGGUCUUCCUGCAGACAGCUAUCAGAUCUGGUUAAAUCUAUGACUGAUAUCCUCGACAUGUGGGAGACUCUUAAACUAAAGUGUUCGCAUAUACUAGGCGGCAUCUGUAGUUUGGUUGGGAGCCUUUUGCUCUUAGAUGGAACUGGAAAGCAUGAAAAUGUCGCUUAUUCUUCAAGGAAAAGAGUGUCCGAAGAGUGCUUGAUUUCUCUUGGAGAUUUGGUCAAUAAAGUCUUUGAGAAUAGUUUCUUGGGUUGGUGUGAUCGGACUAAGCUUGUUGAUUGCAUAUGCAAUUUCAUAUCACUCAGACCUCAAAUUGCUCAGUCGAUGAUUGAGAAGCUUCUUAUGCUGCUCCGGGAUCCUGAUUAUCGAGUUAGGUUUUGCCUAGCACGUCGGAUUGGUGUACUUUUCCAGACAUGGGAUGGGCAUUUUGAGCUCUUCCAAGAUAUACAUUCAAAUUUUGGCGUGAAGUUGGUUGUUUCCUCAAGAGAAAAAAUUGUUAGAGCAGAGGAAGUUUUAGCUGCUGGUCCUCAGCCUAGCCCAAUAAUGGAAACUGCCAUUAUAACUCUCAUGCAUCUUGUGCUGCACAGCGAGAAAAUAGAGUUACAGGCUGUGUUUAUGAUUUGCGUUAUUGCCGCAAUCAAUCCAUGCCACAGGGAAUUGAUUGGUGCCACACUUGAUAGUUUAUCUGUGGAACUGCGCUAUACAAAUAGGACAAAGUACAUGGAGGAGCUUAUGGGACCAAUUCUAUUCUGUUGGGUUGCCUGUGGUGUAAGCUUAGUUGCACUUGUUGAGACAAGAGAUAUUUACGUCUUGAAUGUAGAACCAGUAAACUUCAUCAAAUAUUGUUGCCAGUGGCUGCUGCCUGCUUUGAUCCUGCAGGAGGACACUUCCAAUAUACAGUGGCUUGCCAAGGUUGCUUGUCAGGCUUGUCCCGAUUUAGUUAAGUAUCACUUUGUGCAAAUUUUUUCUAUCUGUAUGGCAUUACACUGCAGCAAGAAAGCUGGGUGGGAUAAGGGAUCUAGGGUGCUGGGAACUUCUCUUCUACAGAUUGCUGAAAUAUCUGAGCAUGAGAGAGAUGAACUAAUAAAGAAACGUAUGGUUUCUAUAGUGAAUCACACUUUGUCUUUAGCUUCCACUGACCCUGACCCUCCACUUCCAUCCUUCUCAAAAGAUACAAUUGCAUGCUCAAUUCAAACUGUUGUGGAUGGAUUUCUGGAUAGUGAUGAUCACUCUAGAAGUCUCAACCUUGUGGACAAGAUUAACAUAUUUAGAUCUGACAGAGUAUUUAUGUUCAUUGUUGAUAUGCAUUAUAAAGUUAGUGCUGCAGCGCAUCAUUGGCAUAAAUGUAAACAUUUGGCUGGCAUCGAGGUGCUUGUAAAUCUACUUGGGCAUAGAGCUGUUAUUCCCAGUACUUUCAAUUACCUUCUGAAUUUGGUUGGUCAAUUUGUUGGUUGCCAAUAUUUAAUGGAUCAAUGUUGUCACAUUAUCUCGACGUUGCUGAAGAUAUCAAGAGAUAGCCCAUCUGGGGAGAGUACAAGAGUGCUUGGUGAACAACUUCAGUUUUUAGUGUCUAGGUUGGUUGCAUAUUGUGUUCCUUCUGAAUCUUGCGGCCAUCUCUCUGCCACUGCUUUGUCUCAAGUAGUAUUGCUGCUCCAACAGCUUACUGUUGGUUCUGAUUCAUCCCUGUAUGAAUACAUUAAGGAGCUAGAGCCCUUCCCCGAAGUUGAUAUAUUUGACGACAUACGAAAGUUUCACCAGAAAAUAUGUGAAACCUACUCGCCAAGGGCUCACCUAUUUAAUUUUGUGAAGAGAUCUCACUUUGUACCGCCAAGAUUACUCAUUUGCAGUCUGAAAGCAUUGCAUAAGAAUAUGUCCACAAAUGGGAAUCAUCUCUGGAAGGAGCGUGAAGACAAUUUUCUGAAAGAUGCAUAUUGGCAUUCAGACAAUGAAAUUGUUCAUGCUGCUUGGAGUCUUGUUAGAAUUUGUAGCUUAGCUAGCACAAAUGGCCUUGGAGCUAUGGUGUCUGACUUUAUAUCUAGGGUUGGUAUUGGUGAUCCCCAUCGUGUUGUUUUCGAUCUUCCUGGAGACUCUUAUGUCCAUGUAUCUGGAAUGGUUAGGGAUGCCAGUGCUGCAGAUCCCAAUAUCCACAUGAUUACGGGCGUGUCGAAUGAAGUUCUUCUUGUACUUCUGAGGCUUUUGAAAAAGUAUCUAAUGGAUGAUUCUGUUGAGAUGAUUGACAUGGCUUCACAAGCUUUACGGGGGAUUCUUUCAACUGAAAAGGGUCAACAAUCAUUGUUAGCUUUGGAUUCGUAUGAGAGGUCUCUUGUUGAGGUCCACUCAAAGGGCGUAAAUUUGGUGCUAGUACAAAGUUUAAUUGCAAAUCUACAAAAAAAAUUCAAUUCUAAAUCAAUUUCCAUUGCGGACUCAACUGUGUGGGCUACUUUUGACAAAACAUUCGAGGCGUGGAUUUGUCCUCUUGUGUAUGCCAUGAUAAAUUAUUGUGAUGACCUUAUUCUCAGAUUGUGCCAAGAUAUUGUGCUGGUGAAAUCUGAAGUUGCGGAACUUCUAUUCUCAAAUGUUAUUGUUAAUAUUGCCAGUAGAAAGGAUUCAGAUGUUGAUCUUUGUAAAGUAAUCUCAUUGAAGGUACAAGAAUAUGUAUUUAUUGCAUCCAAUAAGUUGAUCAAAUCGAUUCAGGUGUUCUUGCAUGCUCUGAAUGAGCUUCGACUGUGUCAUGUAAUGGAAAGAUCCAAGUCUUCUUCUGCACUUCACAAGCAGAAAAGUUCAAAGCAUAGUAAGCUUCCUAGCUCAGGGUUGAAGUCACGUUCUGCAUCAGCAAAGAUGAAGGAUCUUGCAGCUUCAUCGGGAUUAGUGGCUUCAACAUUACUGUGGGAUAAGGUUUAUUGGCUUGCUCUGGAUUACCUUGUAGUAGCAAACUCUGCUAUUGAUUGUGGCUCUUACUUUACUGCUUUUCUUUACGUUGAGCACUGGUGUGAGGAGCACUUUAAUAGCCUCAGAUUAGGCAGCCCAGAUUUUUCUCAUCAUGAAACAUUGCCGCCCCAUGUUGAAAUACUUGUCGCAGCAGUCACCCAAAUCAAUGAGCCUGACAGUAUCUAUGGGAUUAUUCAAUCUCACAAGUUGACAUCUCAGAUAAUCACUUUUGAACAUGAGGGUAAUUGGGGUAAAGCACUUGAAUAUUAUGAUUUGCAAGUACGCUCUGAGCCAAUUGCGGGAAUAAGUGGUUCUACCUUUUCUUCUGAGAAUACUCAACAGGCAGAACAUGCAGACUUCUCUAAAACAGAACAUGGCCAGAUACAAAAGAAGCCUUAUAAAGGACUAAUUAGAUCCUUACAGCAAAUUGGCUGCACUCAUGUAUUGGAUGUUUAUUGUCAAGGAUUGACCUCUCAGCGAGGCCGGUUUCAACAUGAUUUAGAAUUUACCGAGCUGCAGUAUGAAGCUGCUUGGCGUGCAGGAAACUGGGAUUUCUGCCCACUUUAUUCUGGUGCUGAUGCAUCAGGUCCAUAUCAAUUCAGUGCUGGACAUCAUUUCAAUGAAAAACUGCACAGCUGUUUGAGAGCACUACAAGAAGGCGAAUUUGAUGAAUUUCAUACGACACUGAAAAAGUCAAAGCAGGCUCUUUUGAUGUCCAUCUGCCAUGCGAGUAAGGAGAGUACUGAGUACAUAUACUCAACCAUAGUUAAGCUUCAGAUCUUUUAUCAUCUCGGAAUGGCAUGGGGUUUACGCUGGAGUUCACCAUGUGAAAAUUUUGAUUCUUCUUCCGACAGACAGAAACUUUUAUAUGAACCUGUAGUUCCCUCAUCGGACCGGUUGCAAUUGCUACAUACAAAUUGGAGCUGCAUUUUGAAACAAACAGAUUUACAUAUGAAUUUGCUGGAACCUUUUAUAGCAUUUAGAAGAGUCUUGCUUCGGGUUUUAAAUUCUAUGGACAGUACAGUGCAUCAUCUUUGGGAAUCAGCAUCUGUUCUGCGUAAGGGCUCUAGGAUUUCACAGGCUGCUGCAGCCUUGCAUGAAUUUAAGUUUCUUUGUUCUGGGAUGGGAGAAGGAUAUUCUAAUUUGUACUGGCUUGGAAGGCUAGAAGAAGCAAAGCUUCUCCGUGCCCAAGGUCAGCAUGAGAUGGCAAUCAACCUUGCAGAUUAUAUUUCACAAAAUCACUGCUUGAAGGAAGAGGCUGCAGAUGUAUUUCGCUUAGUUGGAAAAUGGCUGGCGGAAACUCGAUCUAGCAAUUCCAGGACUAUAUUAGAGAAGUACCUGAAACAAGCUGUUAAUCUAGCUGAGGAUUGCAAGGCUACAGACAAGUUAUCAAUACAGAAAAGAAACCAAAUGCAUUUCCAUCUUGCUCAUUAUGCAGAUGCUCUUUUUCGUAGUCACGAAGAGAGACUAAGCUCCAAUGAAUGGCAAGUAGCAAUGCGGUUACGCAAACACAAGAAAAAAGAGUUAGAGGCACUAAUCAAGCGUUUUAAGAGUAUGGCAAAGGGAGACAAAACUGACUAUUCACUAAAAAUACAAGAGCUGCAAAAACAGCUGGCUAUGGACAGAGAUGAAGAAGUGAAGUUGCAGGAAGACAGGGACAAUUUUCUAUGUACAGCGUUAGAAGGAUACAAGCGAUGUUUGGUCAUUGGUGAAAAAUAUGACAUCCGAGUGGUAUUUCGACUUGUUUCCCUAUGGUUCAGUCUUUCAACUAGACAGAUCAUUGUGGAUAGCAUGCUUAGCAUUAUCAAGGAGGUGCAAUCUCACAAGUUUAUUCUGUUGGUAUACCAAAUUGCAUCACGGAUGGGUGGCGCAAAGGACUCGUUUGGACCUACAAGCUUUCAGUUUGCAUUGCUUUCUCUUGUGAAGAAGAUGGCCCUUGACCAUCCUUAUCAUACAAUAUUUCAGCUGCUAGCUCUGGCGAAUGGUGACCGCAUCAAGGACAAGCAGCGCAGUAGAAACUCAUUUGUGGUGGAUGUAGAUAAGAAGAUCGCUGCAGAAGAUCUCUUGAGAGAGCUAUCAUCUUACCACGGAGCUAUCAUCAGACAAAUGAAGCAAAUGGUAGAGAUAUACAUUAAACUUGCAGAAAUGGAAACAAAGAGAGAGGACACCAACAAAAGAGUGACUCUGCCGAGAGAACUCCGGAGUGUUAGGCAACUUGAGCUUGUUCCGGUUAUAACAUCUAAUUUUCCUGUUGACCGGACUUGUCAAUAUCCUGAAGGAUCUUUUCCCCACUUUAAAGGGUUGGGUGAUUCAGUCACCAUAAUGAAUGGUAUAAAUGCCCCAAAAGUGGUGGAGUGCUUAGGUUCUGAUGGCAAACGUUACCGGCAACUCGCAAAAUCUGGCAAUGAUGACCUGAGACAAGAUGCUGUGAUGGAACAAUUUUUCGGUUUAGUCAACACUUUUUUGCAGAACAAUCGUGACACAUGGAGGAGAAGACUUAGGAUACGUACAUACAAGGUUGUUCCUUUUACUCCCAGCGCUGGUGUACUAGAAUGGGUGAAUGGAACUUUCCCACUUGGUGAAUAUCUUAUUGGAAGCUCCAGAAAUGGAGGAGCUCAUGGACGCUAUGGAGUAGGAGAUUGGACAUUUAUGGAAUGUCGGCAGCAUAUGACUACUGAAACCAACAAGCGCAAAGCAUUCCAGGAAGUGUGCGACAAUUUCAGGCCAGUCAUGCAUCACUUCUUCUUGGAGAGGUUUUCAGAUCCCGCUGAUUGGUUUGACAAGAGACUGGCAUAUACAAGAAGCGUGGCAGCUAGCUCAAUGGUGGGUUACAUCGUAGGAUUAGGGGAUCGACAUUCCAUGAACAUCCUGAUUGAUCAAGCCACUGCUGAAGUUGUUCAUAUUGAUCUGGGAGUUGCAUUUGAGCAAGGCCUGAUGCUAAAAACACCUGAAAGAGUACCUUUUAGGCUGACACGGGACAUCAUAGAUGGUAUGGGUGUAACUGGGGUGGAAGGAGUGUUUAGAAGAUGCUGUGAGGAAACUCUUUCGGUCAUGCGAACAAAUAAAGAAGCAUUACUUACAAUUAUAGAGGUUUUUAUCCAUGAUCCUUUAUACAAGUGGGCUCUAUCACCUCUAAAGGCUAUGCAACGCCAAAAGGAUAUUGAUGACGAUUUAGAUGCCAGUCUGGAGGACUCUGACGAAGAUGAAUAUGAAGGCAAUAAAGAUGCUGCCAGAGCCUUGCUGCGUGUCAAACAAAAGCUAGAUGGAUAUGAAGAUGGUGAAAUGAGGAGUGUUCAUGGGCAGGUUCAACAACUGAUACAAGAUGCAAUUGAUCCUGACCGUUUGUGCCAUAUGUUUCCUGGAUGGGGUGCAUGGUUGUGAUAACCUAUCCCCAUCUCAGUUUUGUGGUUUGUACAGAAUCCCCAGAAUUCUCUUUUAUUUUCCUUUUCUGAGGCAGCUUUUACACUGUACAGCGCAAUGAAGUAUUUCUACGGGAUAGCUGAGCGCUGGGGGGCCAGAAUUUUGUAUCACAGGCAUUCAUGGUUCUGCACGUCGGUAGUAGAUUUUACCUGUUUAUUCUUCAUUCUGAUGCGUGAUUCCGCUGUAUGUCCUUCUGUCCCUGUGUAUGUACAUAUACUUAUGGAUCGUGGACUGGAGCUUGAGAGCCCGAACAGGAAUGUAAUGCCAAAAAUAGAAAGACAUGAAAACAAAAUUUAUAGACAAGUUCCUAAA